UUUGAGAUGCGCACAGAACGCAUGAAUGUGAGGGGUCGUAAAAAUGAAAAUAUAUAACUUUUAUUUUUGGAAAUUAACCAACCACAAUCUUUGGCAGGAGCCCCAGCGCUCCACGGCCCAGUGGAAUACUGGCCAUGUAGGUACGGGUACAUGUCUGCGGACCGGGACUUGGGGACACAUAAUAUAAAGCACUGUAAUGUGUUUCCCGAACUCUCCGCCUGAGGGCGCUGAUGUCCCGCAGAUGUAGCUAAACUCUCCCACAGAGGACACCGACUUGGGAUACGAGAAGUUCAGUGUGGGAAAAUUUGUUCCCCCACCCCUCCCAUUUUUCAUUCUUUAUUUACCCUCCAGUUUAAAUGGAAGCGUUAUCGUUUGUAAGUACGAAAAUCCAUACAAGUGUAGACGUGGUGGAUUGCUACAAAAACAUGUCACUCUCCUGACUGUUAUGUUGACAAUACGUUGUAAAAAAAAAAGUUACUGUGCAUGAUUAACUCGAAAGGGAAUUUUACCUCAUUUCUUCCUUUACUCAUCAAGUGAGCGUUUAAUUAAUUUUCUUACUUGACGUUAGAUCAAUACGCAGACUAGCUAAACAAACUUUAUCUCAUAUGUAUGACAUUAACAGAAUUAUACCCAUAUCUGUUGACUCGUUCAAGACACUGACUAACUUCAUGCAACAUAUGUGUAACUGUGUAACCUGAUUAUUUAUCCUGAAGUGGAUGUAUUUUAGUCAGUUACGUUAGUCAUUUACCUAGUCAUAACUCCCUGCCUGACUUAACGUAAAUGAAUGAGAGAAUUUGUUUUUCAUUCUGCUCCAGAAUCAGCUUUCAGCAUAUUGGGUUCGCAUGAUUAAAACCAGCAAACCCAGCUCCUCUCUCUCUGCCUCCCCGUUUCUCUCCCCCGUCCACUCAGCCUGCUCUGGCACAGUCGGCUAGGUUAUUUCAGACACAAAGCUGAUACACCAAAUGGUUAUUCAGUUUUAGGGAACAGCCCGACUGGAAACCCUGUGAGUCGUUCAAACUUUUAUUUCAUUCGAACAUCUUAAAAAUAUUAUUUUGCAUGUCUUACUAUAAUCAGCGAAAUGCAACGUUAAUACGUGUAGUCAGAAAAUUUUAAGAGACGAUUAUCGGACUAGGAAUUCUGUCUUCUCUUUUAAUUGAACUAUAAUCAAUUAGUGACGAAUAAACAAUCGGAAAAGUAUUUAUAAGGGGAUCGAUUACCAUUCAUGAUAUGCCUACUUGUCUCCGGAUACUCUGACAAUCCGGGUAAAACUCCCUUAAUCGGUGUACUGCUCUGAAUAGCGGGAGAUGCUCAUUUCCGGAGCAGUCGGUCUGGACACUGUCAGUCCUCGUUGUUACAUUUAAAGCUGGAAAAAUCGCAUCGGCCGCUCGCUCCUGCUCAACUGAACCAAAUAAAACAAAUAUAUAUUUUCAUGGAACUAGUAGGGGAUUAGUCGGAAGUACUUAACAUGCGCGAAUCAAAGAUCAAAGAAUAAGAAAAACAAGACUGCCCCUAAGGAAGAUUAAGGGUCCUUUUUGAAGUGUACAGAGUGGGAGUCCCCCGCCCCUCCAAAGAGGAAAAUCCCGCUUGACAAACCCUGCUCGCUAAAAUAUGCCUUUGUCCUGGAGGAGCUGGAUCGCAAACGAAGGCAGCAAGCACUUUAUCCUGGUACUAUGGCUGAGUACGAAUAUCGCACUGUUUUGGAAAACUUUUGUUUCAUACUGCAGCGGUCCGCAGCAUUAUUAUCUCCACAAGAUGCUUGGGCUGGGCCUGUGCAUGAGCCGUGCCUCAGCUGCUGUUUUGAACCUGAACUGCUGCUUAGUUCUCCUGCCUGUCUGCCGCUCAUUGCUGGCUGGUCUCAGAGGCUUUCAGAAGGUGACGAGUAGGAAGGCCAGGAGGAUCUUGGACAAAAGAAAGACCUUCCAUAUGGCAUGUGGCAUUGCCAUUGGCCUCUUCUCAGUCAUCCAUGUCUCCGCUCAUCUCGCCAACGUGUACAGCUUCUCUGCCUGGUACUCCGACGAGUUCCCCGCCCUCAAUCUGGCGCGCCACCGGGGAGAGGAUCCAAGGAUCAUCAUGUUCACGACCGUCCCCGGGGCCACCGGCGUCCUCCUGGUUCUCGUGCUCUUCUUGAUGUUCACCGCUUCGUCAUACAGCAUGAGGGUUUCUCACUAUGACAUAUUCUGGUACACCCAUAACCUGUCCAUCGUCUUCUACGUCUUACUGCUCGUCCACGUUAUUGGCGGGGUCCUGAAAUAUCAGACCAACGUGGAGCAUCAUCCCCCAGACUGCUUCAGGCCCAACAGGACUGCCCCAGGGGGGCAGAAUUCGGGGUUUGUAAACUCCAGCCAGGUGGAUGGUCUCAGCAAAGUGUGCAGAGAGGAGCCCCAGUUCCAGGCCCACUUUCCCGAGACGUGGCUGUGGGUCUCUGGGCCGCUCUGCUUGUACUGCGCUGAGCGGCUGUACCGCUAUAUGCGCGGCUGCAGGCCCGUGACCGUCGCAUCCGUCGUCAGACACCCCUGCCGCGUGGUGGAGGUACACAUGCAGAAGAGCGGCUUCAGGGCGCGGCCCGGACAGUACAUUGUCCUAAACUGCCCCCACGUGUCCUCAUUUGAAAGCCACCCCUUCACUCUGACCACGUGUCCAACAGAGAGAAAUGCAACGUUUGGCAUCCACCUGCGCGUGCUAGGAGACUGGACUGAACGCUUCACAGACCUGCUGCUUGCUGAGCCCGAGGUCGGUGCGGAGAUCCUUCCAGUGGCCCUCCAGAGGAGGUACCCCCGGGUGUACGUUGACGGACCGUUUGGGAGCCCCUCAGAGGACGUCUUUAACUACGAGGUCAGCGUGUGCGUGGCGGGUGGGAUUGGAGUCACACCGUUUGCGUCGGUGCUUCAGGCACUGCUGGACGACUGGCAGCAUCACAAGCUGAGGAGGCUCUACUUCAUCUGGGUCUGCAGGGAGCUCCAGUCCUUCCGCUGGUUUGCGGAGCUGCUCUGUUCCCUCCAUCAAAAGCUUUGGCAGGAGAAUCGCCCAGACUACCUCAACAUCAGGCUAUACGUCAGCAAGGAAAGGGGUCUACAGAGUCUAUCAGAGGGGCGUUACCAGGUACUGAGUGCUAGGCUUCUGAUUGGACGACCCAGAUGGGAAAUGCUCUUUGAAGAGAUUGGGAGAGCCAAUAAGCAGAAACGUGUCGGUGUUUUCUGCUCUGGACCCAAAGGACUGUCCACGACUCUCCACAAAAUGUGCAAUUCCAAUCAUUUUGGAGCUACAUUUGAGUAUAACAAGGAAUCUUUUAGCUGAGACCCCCUGAGUGUGACGACGACAUGGGACCUUAACAAGGUGCAAUACAUCUGCAAUGAGGAAAGCCAGAGACCUUAAGCACUGGAGGAAGGUGACUGUCUGCUGUGAGGAGGGGGCCUCACCGUGCAGAGAGAAACCAGCGUCAGACUGGGUGCAUUCAGGGUCAAUGGGAAGCAGUCAGAAAAGCAGAUUCAUUUUGUUUUUAAGUCAAAAUAAUGACAAUUAAUAUUAUUAUGAUAAAUAUUAUUAUUAUUUCUUUUAUUUUUCCUUUUAGUCACCUUUUUAAAAUUGUAAUCAGAAUUGUGGAGUUCCUGGCCUAUAUUGUUAAAAUUCAUUGUUCUGUUUCAGUGUCUGCCUGUCCUGUAAAGAAGAACUCCAUUAAAAUUGAAUGAUUACAUAAAUGGUUUCUAUUUAACAACAAGAAGGAGUCGGGGAUCAUCGCCGAUGAGGGAAUCAGUGCAGACGCAGGCAGACAUACACAGUGAGGUUUCCCCUGAACGGAGUGUAGGGAUUUGGUGAGAUCUGUCUGUGUAGCGGCCUGGGUGUCCUGUUAUAAUACCGUUUCACACUGUUAUUCGUGCUGGUUCAUGUUACUGGGACACAUCACAUCAAGUAUGUCUGCAGUCAUCUUGCUGGACUUUUUUUCCAUCUGGCCCUCGGGGGGGUGCGAUAGACCUUCUCCCAGCCUAGAGAUGUGACCGAUAUUCUAACAUCCUGUUUCCUGUCUGUGAAAGCCAUGUGACGUCAUGGGAAAGGUCGUGACAGAGGUGGCUGUGUUGUGGGAUGAUGGA